UGCUGUAUAUCGCCUGCUGUACAUCAAUGAAAGAGGAGUUGAGCUUUAAGAAUCGGCCACCGUCGCCGACGCCGCAGCAGGCGAUGGAGGGAGGCGAGGACCCGCCCACGCGCCUCAUUGGCAACUUCCUCCGGAAGCAGAGGGCGUCCGGCGCAAAGCCGUCGCUCGACCUCGACCCGGAGAUGGAGGAGCUCGGGAGGCCGUCGCACGGCGCUCGGCGUGUCUCCUUCGAGGACGAACACCAAAAACACAUCUCCUCCGACUCCGACUCCAACUCUGACUCUGACGCGGAGGGCAGCGGUAGGCGCGCCGACGAGAUGGUACGCUGCAAAUCUACCUCCACGGGAAAGGGACCGUUAUUGCGAGCCCAGACGCGCUCCCGGCUCAUGGACCCGCCGCCGGCGCCACCCACGGCAGCUCCUGCCAUCGACAAGAAGCACAAGUCGUCCGCCUCACGGUCCCCUAAGCCCAGCCAGUCUCCCGCGUGGCGCUGGUCGGGUCCGAUGGACGGGGAGGAGGAGGACCCAUUCGUGGACGAGGACAUCCCCGACGACUUCAACUUGAAGAGUGGCAAGCUGGGCGCUCUCACCAUCUUGCAGUGGGUCAGCUUGGUGCUCCUCGUCGGGGCGUUGGUUUGCAGUGCCACCAUAAGGAUCUUGUCCAGGAAGAAGGUGUGGGAGCUGCAGCUCUGGAAGUGGGAGCUCCUCGCGCUCGCGCUCGUCUGCGGCCGUCUCGUCUCCGGGUGGGCCAUCCGGAUCGCCAUGUUCUGCGUGGGGCGCAACUUGUUGCUGCGCAAGCGCGUGCUCUACUUCGUCUACGGCGUCCGCAGCGCCGUGCAGAACACGCUCUGGCUCGGCCUCGUUCUCGCCGCCUGGCAUUUCUUGUUUGACGACAAGUGCCAACUCGCGCACAUGGUGGUGGUGUCCUAUGUUAUGAAGAUACUAUUCUGCUUGCUCGUCGCCACGCUCAUCCGGCUUGUCAAGACGCUGCUGCUCAAGGUGCUCGCCUCGUCCUUCCAUGUCUCUACCUACUUUGACCGGAUUCAAGCGUCAUUGUUCAACCAAUAUGUCACUGAGACGCUCUCGGGGCCGCAACUAAUUGAAGAACAAGGCCCCAUGUUUGCUGAGCCGAGUGAUCUCCAUGCCGCGAUGCCAACCAAGAAUCUAUCGGGGCUAAGGAGCUUUCGGCCAUCGGUUUCAAUGUCUAAGAAGCAGGGCCAAGGAAGCAAGCAACUAGCUAAGGAGAAAAGACAGCAUCAGAUUGAUGAAGGGAUAAGCAUUGACAAGCUCCAUAAGCUCAAUCGGAGCAACGUCUCAGCCUGGAACAUGAAAAGGUUGAUGAAGAUUAUUCGGUCUGGGACGCUCACCACUAUAGAUGAGCAGAUAAAGCAGGCAACAGGAGAAGGGGAUUUGUCAGCGACACAUAUUCGCAGCGAAUACGAGUCACAGAUGGCCGCAAAGAAGAUCUUCCAUAACGUAGCCAAGCAUCGAUCCAAGUACAUAUACUUAGCAGACUUGAUGCACUUCAUGAGGCAGGAGGAAGCCCUCAAAGCAAUGCAUCUUUUCGAAGGAGGACAAGAGUACAAUAGGAUCAGCAAGAGGUCUCUAAAAAACUGGAUGGUGAAUGCAUUUAGAGAGCGCAAAGCCCUUGCUCUAACACUUAAUGAUACAAAAGUUGCAGUAUCCAAGCUCAACCAGAUGACUAAUGUAGUUGGUGGCAUCAUCGUGUUUGUUCUCUGGCUCCUUAUUCUUGGCAUAGCGACAACGAAUUUACUUGUCUUCCUCAGUUCACCAUUUUUGGUGGCAGUUAUUGUAUUUGGAGACACUUUGAAGGCAGUUUUUGAGGCAAUUGUUUUCUUAUUUGUGAUGCAUCCUUUUGAUGUUGGUGACCGCUGUGAAAUCGAGGAAGUUCAGGUUGUUGUCGAGGAAAUGAAUAUCUUGACAACAGUCUUCCUUCGAUAUGACAACCUGAAGAUAUAUUAUCCAAACAAUAUACUGGCCACCAUACCGAUUAUGAAUUUUUACAGGAGUCCAGAUAUGGGAGAAGGAAUUGACUUCUAUAUUCACGUUGCCACGCCGGUAGCGAAACUAGCACUCAUGAAAGAAAGAAUUCUACGUUACAUCAACAACAAGAAAGAGCAUUGGUACCCGGGGGCGAUGGUUGUCCUCCGGGAUGUAGAUGAGACCAACAAGCUAAAAGUAUCCAUAUGGCUCUGUCACACGCUCAACUUCCAGGACAUGGGGAUGAGGUACGUGAGGAGGGAGCUGGUGCUCCAGGAGAUGAUCAAAGUUCUCAAGGACCUGGACAUUGAGUAUCGGAUGCUACCACUGGACGUGAAUGUGCGGAAUGCGCCUCCUAUUGAAUCCACAAGGAUGCCGACAACAUGGAAUUAUUCCUGAAGCAGUGAACGUUCACGGGGCAUUUCCUAUCCAGUUCGAGCGGUGAGAGCUACAAGAGCCUUUGCUAGAAACUAGCGAGUAGAGCAUGAGAUGUUAGCGUGCCUAAGGCAAAUCACUUGGUUUGAUCUGUAAUUAGUGUGUUGUUUAGUAUGUAACCUUUGGAACACAAUAACUGAUCAAUUUCAAAUA